CAUUGCAAACAUAUAAUCAACUAAGUGACGCGCUGUUUUAUGUAAUACCAUUAUUUUUCAGGUGUUGUAUUUGACUGAUGUCUUUUUGGUGCCCCUGAAAAGACGAAAACUGCAGCGGUUUGCAAGACCACAUACUGUAGUUACAUUCAAACCAACCGUUAGCCUCCAGUUUAAGUUAGCGUUAACGUUAAAUAAGCCUAUGUUAUCAGCUGCUACAAGAUUAUUUUCAUACUUGACAAUUUAAUGGAACCAUGUGAGCUUCAUUUUAGGGUCUUGUCCAGUUCGCUUAUUAUUAAAACCCUUUGGACAGGUUUUCGUAUCAAAUCCUAUCAGAGAGAAACAGGUGCCAGGUGCUCUGCAGCUAGUGGAUGGAGAACUUUAUCCUGUAUGAGGUGCUUGGGGCAGGCAGUAACUCUGUUGUCUAUAAAGGGAGAAAGAAGGGCACUCUGAACUAUGUAGCCGUCAUCUGUGCCGACAAAGCCAAGAGGCCUUACAUCACUAACCAUGUACGUCUCAGCCAUGAUCUGGAUCAUCCGAACAUAGUAUGCUUCUAUGAGUGGUAUGAGACAAGUAACCACCUCUGGUUGGUAGUGGAGCUCUGUACAGGUGGUUCCCUGGAGUCUGUACUUGGUCAUGAUGGAUGUCUGUCAGAAGAUGUGGUGAGGAAGUUUGGAUGGGACUUGGUCAAAGGACUGAAACACAUCCAUGAGCUGGGGAUAAUUUUCUCUGACUGGAGCCCUGCCAAGAUCCUACUGGAUGGCAGUGGCAUCCUGAAGUUUGGCAACUUCUGUAUGUCCAAGGCAGAGGGAGAGACCCUGGAGGAUUUCUUCACCUUGCUCUUUACAUCUGAAGAGGCAGGGGAAGGAGAUAAUGAGACUAUUGACAGCAUGAGGAAAAGGCUACAAGGCUCACCAACUUACAGUGCUCCAGAGGUUUUGCAGGGAUCAGAAACCAGUAUGAGCUCUGAUCUCUGGGCUCUGGGUUGUAUACUCUACUACAUGUACACUGGUAAACCUCCAUUUCAUUCUGAUAGUUGUACUGAACUGACAGAAAUGAUUUUACAUCAGGAACCACCACCUAUCAGACAGACAGUGUUUUCAUCCAGUCCUCCCAGUGAGGACUUCCAGAAUCUUCUGAAAGGUUUGCUCAUCAAAAUCCCAGAGAAGAGGAUGGAUUGGCCUGCAUUGCUGGAACACCCUUUCUGGACACAAGUUCUGAAGGAGGAAGAGGAUGUGGAAGAUGAGGAUGAAGAUGGACAGGAAAAAAAUGUCUCUGAUGCGGAUGCUUCAGCUAGUUUGAGACGCACAGGGGUCCCUGAGCCUUUCUCUCCAGGACAGCCAGACAGGUUUCCCAGCAGCCACUCAGCCGUUACGCAGCCAGCCUGCAGGAUUUCGAAGAAACUUUUCUCAUCACAGACAGCAACUGCAACUACUCAGAGACCAUCUGAUGGAAGGACUGAUAGCCAGCAAGCUGUCAGACACACAACCUGUGGAGCGGACAUUUGUGUCACAUGUGCCAAAGUGGACUCUUUUAGACUGACAGACACAGAAACUAUGAAUUGUUCCUUAAGGGACAGCCAGGGCUUGGAUACACAUGUGAGAACGGAGAGAGGAGGAGAGGGAGAGGCAAAGACGGAGGAUGACCCCAAGCUAUCUGGGGCCCUGCAGUUACACACACUACAGCCUACUAAAUCAUUUCCACUAGAGAGCAUAUCAGAGCUCAGGCCAAAGAGUGGUGUGGAUGAGGACAACACUGAGGCCAUUUUUUUGCUAAGCUCCAGGGCCAGCUUAAGGAGAAGCUGCAGUAUCUCAGAUUCUCCAAAGAUGACCCCUGCACCUCAGGCAAGUGUUGGUACUGGUGUUGGCGUUGUAUCCUGUGUGAAAGCUCUUCUUUAUACUGACUCUGAUCUGACUGUCACUCCAAUCAUGGACAACCCCAAGAUUCUCAAGAGUCCUCCUCUGCGAUUUGAUCCCAAAACCCUUUGUGUGCCUGCAUAUUCAGCUGAGAAGCUGCGGUCCCUGAGUGAUGAUGAAUGGACUGUCUUCCUUUCACAGCUCCAUUCAUCCCUUGGAGAACAGAACCCCUCAGCACCUCUCUCCUCCCCUGCUCCUCCUUCUCACUCCACAGCCAUUCGAUCCAGGCUCAAUCUGCUGUGCUACCUCUGCUGUGUGGUUGGACAUAAAGUUAUUGCCAACAGGCUGAUUAACUCAACACUGCUUCCAGUAUUGACCCAGCAAUUACGACAAGCUCCAAACUGGGAUCUGCGCAGCAAGGUUCUCAGAGUGAUGGGCCUACUUGCUUUGCACUGUACUGAACUUGGAGAGGACAGUCCUGUUUCUGAGGCUGUGUCCACACUAGCAGACCUGUUGAGAGACAACCUCAGGAAUAGUAAAAUAAAGCAGUUCCUGCUGCCACCACUUGGAGAGUUCCUCUACCUCAUCGCCUCUCAGGAGGAGAAGAGAGGCUCCCCAGAGGGACUAUGGUUCGUUCCCGCUGCCGCCUACACUGGCUUAAUGAGGAGCCUGCGGGAAGGGGAUGAUUCCGUAGUUCAUCACAUGGCUGCAAAAGCCAUAGAGAACAUCUCCACCACUGUCUCUGGCCCCUCCCACCACCUGGUUACCACAGAGAUAGGCUCCGCCCUGUGGUACCUGUUCACUCACUCAACUGUAGAGGCUGUCCGAAUUGCCGCCAUCUCUUCUCUUUCUAGGCUAACUCGGGUGGUCCCAGCAGUCUUCUUGGCAUUGAUUGACACCUGUGGCCCCGCGGCUAUCUUGGAGGGUGUGGGUGGAGCAGGGGCGAGAGUCCAGCAACAUCUGCUCACAGCAAUGGCCACUGCCCUACUCACGUCUCGCACCCAAACACGCCGUGUCUCACAGAACAGGGAUUGGGUGCUGAAGGUGCUGCGCUGCCUGGAGAGUCCAUCCACAGUAACAAGAGCCAAAGCAUUACUAUUACUACUGUUGCUAAUACAGGACAACACUCACACACUGCUUUACUGUUGUCAACAGAGACUUGUGAUGUACAUGGAGAGAGACCUGCGCAAAGCCACUCCCUUAAGAGAGAACCCCAACCAAUCAGGAUACCUGUCUCAGUGUCUGGAUUUACUGAUUGUAUAUCUGAGUAGCACUGCACCACUGAUUCUGGAGGAUGUCUUAAGUGUAUUGCGAGGUGUAAUCGGGAGGAGACACCCAUCAACAGCUCAGACCAGACAGCUUAAACACACGUUGCCAACAAUGUCUGUAGUGCUGGAACUUCUAUUAUCACAGGUCUUUAGAUCUCACAUAGUAACUGCAAAGUUCUUAGCUCAAAUUGGAUUGCUGCUGAAUUUCAUUACCUCUGUAGAGUCCAAUGAAACGAAUCUGACCAGUGCUUUGGGUGCAGCAGCAUGUGAGGAGAUGAUUAGAACGUCUCUGUCCAUUGUGGAAGUCCUGAGUCAGCACCAUGCUCUCACCACUCCACAUCAUAGUGUUGUUGUGGAUGCCAUCCUACCUCCUCUGACAACACUGGCUUUCAGCAGAAAUGUGGAGUGGUCAGUAUUUGUUUUGAGGUUGCUGUCCGAACUCAGUCUUGUCCUGCUGGUCCAUGAGAGUGAUGGAACUGAGGAAGACGAGGAGGCAGAGGAAAAGAAAGAGAGCAGAAAACAAGGAGGAAUGGUGGCACAAGGACUAGAUGAUGGAAGCUCCUGCAGUCAAAUCUCAGCUCUCAUCUCUAAAUUACUGCUCCCAAGGUACGAGACUCUUCUGCAAGCAGCUGAGCCUAUUCCACUCUACGCACUCAAACUCCUGGUAUCAAUGACUGAACACAGCACGCAGAUGUGCAGGUUGAUCAAACACAGCAAGAUCCUACCAAUGGUCUUUCAACUCAUUAUGGCUAAUAGUAGUAAUGUUACCAGUGGGAUGACCCAGAAUGCAGUCGUGUUGCUGUGUAAUCUUAGUGGACACACAGUCUUGGACCUGGAGCCACAAAACCAACGAGACCUAAUCGAGGUUGUGGUAAGCACCCUCUCAGAAGCUGCAGUAGUCCACCUGGAUGGGGAGGAGCAGGCUGGGAGGAAGGUCAAUCAUCUUUUGUUACAAGCCCUUCUGGAACUGCUUCAUAACAUCCUAAAGCAAACAUCUGCUGUUGUCCGCUCUGCACUGCAGAGCCAGAGGCUAUCUUGUCCAGUAGAGAUGGAGGCAGCAGAGAAGCUACUCCUGGAAAACCGACCCCUGAGCCAACUCAGCACACACCUCAUUCACAUGCUGUCGACUGAAAACCAAGAGAUCUGGGAGGAGUCUCUUCAGUGUCUGUCCCUGCUGGUCCAGCUAUAUGGAGGAGAGGGAUAUGACUGCCUGUCACCUUCCUGUUUGCGAAGUUUUUCACACAUGCUGCGCACAAACAUGCACACCGAGACCCCCCGAAUCCAACGCACAACACUUAGGAUCAUCAAACGCCUGGUGCAAACUACAGAGCGAUCAGAUUGGUUAGAAUGUCCUGAAGGAGUGCAACUAAUGAGUCUGCUGCAAGACACAGCUACAUCCAACAGGUGUCCUGUUGAUGUGGUUCCACUGGCUGCUGAAAUCCUCCAGGAGAUCUCUGGAUCCUAAAAGCCUUUCAGCAAACUCGAAGCAUUUCACCAUUACACAACUUUAGACAUACAAGAUACUUAUGACUGGUAAUCUUCAGGUAUCCUUUUCUGAUUAAUCAGAGAGAUGACUGUUCUUUUAGAAUGUUGUGAGUUUUGGAUUAAAAUGUUUGUAGUUAUUUAUGUA